GAUUAUAAAUGGCGGUUACUCUUUACUCUACUCUCGCUUUCUCUUUCAUACUUCCUCACGCUUACCCCUCUCGUUUCACACUUGCAACGCUGGGUUCUUGCGAUGGCGAGAGCGCGUCUUCUGCUCGCGAUUUUUUGUUUGAUUCAGGUCAAUCUCCAUGUAUUUUCAGCGAGCACUCAAGAUUAUCAGCCCCAUUUUCGUAUGCUGACUGACUCAGAACCAGAAAAAAUAUAUGCAGAAGGUUUUUGCUCUAUGUAUGGGAUUUGUGCAGAACGUAGUGAUGGAAAGCCUCUGAACUGCCCUUUUAAUACCCCUUCUGUGAAGCCAGAUAAGCUGUUAUCUUCAAAAGUCCAGAGUUUGUGCCCAACAAUUACUGGCAACGUCUGCUGCACUGCUGAUCAAUUCGACACAUUGCGUAAACAAGUCCAACAAGCGAUUCCUUUAAUUGUGGGGUGCCCAGCAUGCUUGAGGAACUUUUUAAAUCUCUUCUGCGAGCUCUCAUGUUCUCCAAAUCAAAGCCUAUUCAUUAAUGUCACUUCCAUAUUAAAGGUUACCAACACUACAGCUGUUGAUGGUAUUGAUUUAUAUAUUACAAGUACGUAUGCUGAAGAGUUGUAUAACUCUUGCAAAGAUGUCAAAUUUGGGACAAUGAAUAGUAGGGCCAUGGAAUUAAUUGGUGGAGGUGCUCAGAAUUAUACAGAAUGGCUUGCAUUCAUGGGCAAGCGAGCAGGUGAUGGUGAGCCUGGCUCACCAUAUGCAAUUGAUUUCCGAUCAAAUAUUUUUGCAUCAUCUGUGAUAAAGCCUUUGAAUGUAACUGUUCAUCCAUGUGGAGACCCUUCCUUGGGAUGUUCAUGCGGUGAUUGCCCUUCUUCUUCUGUAUGCUCGGAGUCUGCUCCUCCAGCCUCCCAUAAGAACGGUUCUUGCAGAAUCAAAAUGGGUUCUUUAGAGGUCAGAUGCUUGGAAUUGUCGCUAGCUAUUAUGUACAUUGCCUUCAUUUGUGCAAUUUUACUUUGGACACUAUUACAUAGAAGGAGGGUUAAAAAAGAUCCAUCUUCUAGAACGAAUCCUCUGGUGAAUGUCAGAGAUGAAAAUGAGCUUCAGGGUGCUGAUAAACAGGAAAAUUCUGUACAACAUGUUCAGAUACCUGAGGACCCUCCUGUAGCACAGGCUUUACAACCCUCAGUUGUUCAGGGUUAUAUGUCUAAUUUCUUCAGGAAGUAUGGGACAUUUGUUUCAAGAAAACCAAUGUUGGUGUUGUGCUUAUCUGUAGCUGUUCCUCUUCUUUUGUGCAUAGGUUUUGUCCGUUUCAAGGUUGAGACUCGUCCAGAGAAGCUAUGGGUGGGUCCAGGAAGUAAGGCAGCAGAGGAAAAAAAAUACUUCGAUGAGCAUCUUGCGCCAUUCUAUAGAAUUGAACAGCUUAUACUGGCGACUAUUCCAGAUUCUAAAGAUGGCAAAUCACCCAGUAUUGUAACGGACAAAAAUAUAAAAUUACUCUUCGAAAUACAAAAUAAGAUUGACGGACUUAAAGCAAAUUAUUCUGGAUCCAUGGUUUCUCUUACUGACAUUUGCUUAAAACCACUUGGUGAUGACUGUGCAACCCAAAGUGUUUUGCAGUAUUUCAAAAUGGAUCCAGAGAAAUACAGUGAAUAUGGGGGAGUAGAUCAUGCAGAGUAUUGUUUUCUGCAUUAUUCUUCAGCGGAGUCAUGCCUGAGUGCAUUUCAAGCUCCGCUUGAUCCAAGCACAGCAUUAGGCGGUUUUUCAGGGAGCAACUACUCGGAGGCAUCUGCAUUUGUAAUUACAUAUCCUGUCAACAAUGAGGUAGAUAGAACAGGCAAUGAAAAUGGAAAAGCUGUGGCAUGGGAAAAGGCAUUUGUCCAAUUAGUCAAGGAAGAGAUAACCCCAAUGGCAAAGUCACAACAUCUUACAUUUUCUUUCUCAUCCGAGAGUUCUGUCCAGGAAGAACUUACAAGGGAGAGUACUGCAGAUGUGAUAACCAUUGUUGUUAGCUAUCUUGUAAUGUUCGUUUACAUAUCAUUUACUUUGGGUGAUUCUCCUCGUUUGUCUUCUUCCUUUUUCACCUCAUCUAAGGUAUUGCUAGGCUUGUCCGGUGUUGUGGUUGUUAUACUUUCCGUUCUUGGAUCAGUUGGAUUCUUUAGUGCCAUUGGAGUUGAAUCCACACUUAUCAUAAUGGAAGUUAUUCCUUUCCUUGUUUUAGCAGUUGGAGUGGACAACAUGUGUAUCUUAGUGCAUGCUAUCAAGCGGCAACCUCUGGAAUUGCCUUUAGAAGGACGGGUAAGUAAUGCACUAGUUGAAGUUGGGCCUUCAAUAACUCUUGCCAGUCUAUCUGAAGUUCUGGCCUUCGCUGUUGGAAGUUUUAUUCCCAUGCCAGCAUGCCGUGUAUUCUCCAUGUUUGCUGCAUUGGCUGUCCUCUUAGACUUUCUUUUGCAAGUAACAGCUUUUGUUGCGCUAAUAGUCCUGGAUUUCUUAAGGGCCAAAGAUAAUAGGAUUGAUUGUGCUCCUUGUAUCAAACUUUCAUCCUCUCAUGGAUCAGAUAAAGGUGAGAAAAGAAACCUAGGAUUGGUUGCAAGGUAUAUGAAGGAAGUCCAUGCACCAAUGCUGGAGAUUCCCGGAGUUAAAAUUAUUGUUAUUGCUGUCUUCAUUGCAUUUUCUUUUGUCAGCAUUGACCUAUCUACUAGACUCCAGCCUGGUUUAGAGCAGCAGAUUGUCCUUCCCCGGGAUUCAUAUCUUCAGGAUUAUUUUGAAGACAUUGCCAAGUAUUUAAGAGUGGGGCCACCUUUAUAUUUUGUUGUAAAGGACUUUAACUAUAGUUCAGAAUCAGAACAGACAAACCAGAUAUGUUCUAUCAGUCAGUGUGAUUCUAACUCUCUCUUAAAUGAGAUUACACACGCAUCUUUAACAUCAGAAUCAAGUUAUAUUGCAAAGCCAGCUGCUUCGUGGCUUGAUGACUUUCUAGUAUGGUUGUCUCCAGAAGCGUUUAGCUGUUGUCGCAAGUUUGUGAACGGAAGCUAUUGCCCUCCUGAUGAUCAGCCUCCCUGCUGUCAGCCUGGUGAUAGUUCGUGUGGAAUUGCUGGAAUAUGCAAAGACUGCACGACGUGCUUCCGUCAUUCAGACUUGCAUGAUGGCCGUCCAUCUACGGCGCAGUUUAAGGAAAAGCUUCCGUGGUUUCUCAAGGCACUACCUUCUUCAAAUUGUGCUAAGGGAGGCAAUGGAGCUUAUACUAGCAGUGUGGAUCUAACUGGAUAUGAGAGUGGCACUAUUCAAGCUUCUUCGUUCCGUACAUAUCAUACACCCCUCAAUAAACAAAGUGACUAUGUAAAUGGAAUGAGAGCUGCAAGGGAGUUCAGUUCUAAGGUUUCAAAUUCUCUGAAGAUGGAAAUCUUUCCAUAUUCCGUGUUCUACAUAUUCUUUGAGCAGUACCUUGAUAUAUGGAAAACGGCAUUGAUCAACAUUUCCAUUGGUCUUGGUGCUGUAUUUCUUGUUUGCAUGGGUAUAACCUGCAGCUUGUGGACUUCAUUGAUCAUUUUGGUGGUUUUGGCAAUGAUUGUUAUAGAUAUGAUGGGAGUAAUGGCGAUCCUGAAGAUUCAACUUAAUGCAGUGUCUGUUGUAAACCUUGUCAUGGCAAUUGGUAUAGCUGUCGAGUUUUGUGUUCAUAUAACACAUUCGUUCUCGGCAAGCAGUGGCGACAGAAGAACUCGGGCAAAAGCCGCCCUGAGUACUAUGGGUGCUUCCAUAUUCAGUGGAAUCACGUUGACAAAGCUAGUAGGAGUUAUUGUUCUACAUUUUGCAAAAUCAGAAAUCUUUGUGGUGUAUUAUUUCCAGAUGUACCUGGCGCUGGUCCUCCUCGGGUUUUUGCAUGGGCUUGUUUUUCUCCCAGUUCUAUUGAGCAUAUGUGGUCCUCCUUCAAGGUAUGUGCCGCUUGAAAGGCCAGAGGAUGAUCGUACCGUGAAUUAACUUGUACACAAGUUUAUUAGCGUUCAUAUUGUAGAAAAGCGUUAGUUAUUUAUUAUAGUUGUAUUACGUGUGGUAGUUGUAUUGACUGGGGAUUAUUCUUUAGGCUUGUAUAUGCUCCAAAGUAUUUAUUCCUAUUGACAUGUAUGAUAUUACUUGUUCCUAUGAAGGUCUUAUGUGUAGUCUAAUAUUUUCAUUAUUUAUUUAAUUUUUUUCUUCCC